CUAUAGUACAGAGAGUAUUUAAAUGCUAGAAUAUUAUGGAGCACUUGGAAGAAGGACCUGCAACAAAAUAAGAGUCAGCGUUCUACCAGCUGAGAAGCUGUUGCAGCGCCGGUGGGUGGUCGCUGUAAUUUCGGUGGUACCUUUCGCAGGCGCGAUGGCACCGGAUUGCUAUCGGCGUCCUGAAUCACGAUUUCUCCAAACAGUCCGCGCUUAUCGCUCCCGAGGCGCCCGUGUCUCGGGUGUCGGAAGGCGAGUUCCCUUCAAAGACCCAAUUGUUUUAACCCCGGAGGUUUCUGGGAAGCGGCUUCCGUGUGGUCGUGUCGCGCGCAUGUCUCGAGUCCAUUGUCCAGGUUCCCGGAGUCCCUGGCUGUCUCCAAUUGAAAUCGCCUCGCUUCUUGGGCUCUCCUCGUCUCCUCCUUGAACGAUAACCAGUCAAAUACUCGAACAAAUACGCGAGAUAGAUAUUACCAUCACUUUUCCUGUUGAAAUCCAUUUUCACUAAGAAGAAGCUUCAGGGCUCCAUGGUGGAUCAAUUGGUAGCUCGUGAGACAUUAAAGGACCUGCAAUGGGAAGUCUCAUCGCAGCCUAGUUCUAGCACCAUCAGGUUACCACUCGUUUCUUUCUGAAAAUAGAAUACUUGAAUCAGAAAACAUUGUAGUGGUCGUAUGAGUCGAUACUAAAGAAACCUGCUACAAGACCAUGGAAUCCUCAUUGAAUAGGUUAGAAUGAAUCGGUUGGAAUGAAAUGAACCCGUUUCAGUGAGCAGCUUCGUGCCCGAGAUGCAGAACGGUUGCAUGGGUUCGAAGGAGUUGGACGGGUCGGUGAGGCUGGCGAAGAACCUGACGUCGCACCACGGCUCCCGCGGUCAUUACCACUCUCACCACGGGCUCCACAGUCCCAGCUCGUCCGUGUCGAUGCAUUCGACAGGGUCCGGUCAUCAUCACCAGGAGGAGAAGGGCUCGUCCCCCACGAGCGGGCUCCACAGCGCCGCAAAUAGCAAUCCUCCGACGCCCUCGGCGCCCUCCGUGCCCGCCACGUCCUCGGACGUGUCCGCUGCCACCUCGGGAAGCGGAAACGACGCCGGGAGCGGCAACGACGCCGCGAACAAGAAGCCACCGUUCAGCUACGUCGCCCUGAUCACGAUGGCGAUCCAGAACACCGCUCAGAAGAGGGCGACGCUCAGCGAGAUCUACGCCUACAUCACCGCCAGGUUUCCCUACUACAAGAUGGACAAGAAGAGGGGCUGGCAGAACUCCAUCAGGCAUAAUCUGUCCUUGAACGAGUGCUUCGUCAAGGUCCCCCGCGACGGAGGCGGCGAUCGCAAGGGCAACUUCUGGACGAUCGACCCGCAGUCCGAGAACAUGUUCGAGAACGGCAACUUCAGGAGGCGUAGACGCAUGAAGCGACCCUACAGGAAUACGCCCUAUCAGAAACCGCUGUUCGACCCCUUUUCCACCACGCACGUCCACCUGGGCCCUAGGAACCUGUUUGCCCACUCGCCACCGUCCUACGCACCGCCUCCGUACACCAGAUACGACACCAGUCCCUGGAGCAUCCAGCAGUCGCAGCUUUCGUACGGCCACUGUCAAUCGCUCCAACCGCAGCUGCAGCCGAUGCAGUCGAUGCAGAUCCCAACGAUGAACGGCUACGGUCAGUUGGGCACCUCCUUAAGCAAUUACCUGGAUGUUCCAGGUGGGACGUCGAGUUCUCCCAGCUCCAUGGGCAGUGGCUCCUUUAGCAGCAGCUUCACGCCCUGUGCCAGGCGACACGACACCGCCAUGUCCACCGAGACGAUGCCUGCCAGAUGCUACUGGCCUGAAAUGGUGACCGUGAAGGAGGAGCCAGGCACCGUGGCGGUGUCCAGCGCGAGCGUGACGGGCGUUGGGGUGUCCUCGGGGAUGAUGGGGACAACGUCAUCGCCGAGCUUCGUCCCAAUGGACUUCCAGUCGCGAUCCAAGUGUUUCAUGUGAAUGGAUCCAUCGGCCAGUCGACGACAGCUUCGUCUCUCCUUCGAUCCUGCUGAUCCGUGAACCUCGACUGGGUCCAGAACAGCUUGCAGUGGGAGACAUACGAACUAU